UUUGAGCGUUGUCAAGGCAGCUUGAGACUGAGCACGGCUGGCGGACAGUAGCAGCAGUGGCCUGGCCCUAUUCUGUCCAGACAACGUCCGUGUAAAGUGUCCUGGAAAGUUAGGUGUAGCUGGAAGACGGCAGCACAAUCCGACAGGCGCCUCGUCCGUGAGGACAACAGGCGGAAGAUGUUGUCCAUUGUGCCGCCGCCGAAGACGGGGAUCCGGGUUCGCUCUACGGACAAAUGCCGCCGUGUUUCUCACUGAGGGUACUCCUGCACACCAGUACAAUGCCAUCUGCUCUGCACCAUCACACUGGAGAACACUGUGGAGUUAACAGCCCUGAAUUUGUACAGAAGAACUCGACUGAUCCCCUGCUACAAAGAAAAAUAUUACUGUUAGAUGAGAACUAAUGGGUUGUCUAAGCUAACGAUAGCAUGCCAUCUCAGAAAGGUAAAGGUUGUCCAAUAACCCAUCGCUACCGGUCUGCCUCCAAAUAUGAUGAUGCCAUGCUUGCCCAAAAGAGAGAAUAUUGGAGGAACAAGAAAAGAGAACAGAGGGCCCGACUGUCUGAACAGAGAAGAAAGUCAACACAAGACAGCCGAGAGGAAAAGCUCUCAUACAUGUAUAUUUCUGCUGGGGUCAAUGCCAGUUUGUCAGACCCCUCUCCUUUACUAAAUAAUGAUAUCGCAUUUAGUUCUUUAUCAAACAGUGGAAAGACAGUUGAUCACAACCCAACAGAGGCCUGUAAAAAGCAGGAGUGGCAUCAGACAAUGACGGUCAGCAAGGUCUUGCGUAACUUGCAGCCAACAUCAUGCUCCAUCUCGGCUGCAGCAACUGAGGGUGGCGCUGUCACAGGGAAACGCCCACUAACCAAAAAUGUUAACGAUCUGGUUACCUCUGCAAAGGGCUGUGGAACCCAACAUAACACCAGUUCAACAGUGCCUCCAGUCAGAGUAACCCAUAUUACCAGCAGCAGCUCCACAAAACCAGAACCUAAGCCAUGUGGCUCUAUGCAGGGCUCAGCAGUCCCCAAAACACCAUGCGAGGCACAAGUUGCAUUGAAUGGGCUCCAGGUCUUACCUUCCAGUGUAACCACAGAUACAAGGCGUGCAUCUUUGUGUGGCCCUGUUUUAAGUAAGACAGAGGCCCAAAGAAGACACACAAUACCUCAAAGUGGAACACAGAGUGCCUUGGUCACUAAAAAAAGGGCUACAGGUUUUGUCAUUACAUCAGCUCAGCUGGAUUCAGAGGAGGAAAGGGCAGCCAAACGACGAGAGCACUGGAGAAUCAAAAAACGAGAGCAGCGAGCAAAGCUGGCUGCUCAGAUCGCGAAAGCCAGAGAAAGGCCACAAAGCAAAGAUAGGACUUUUAAGGGGCAAACGGCACAGAAAACAAGACUUGUGGCCAACUCAGCUCUUCUCCCCUGUCAGCCGUUUCGGAGAAGCGCAGGCCAGAAGCAGACUCCAGUUCGAGUUAAAGUGCCAUAUUCAACUGCCAGGUUGGAGACUAACAAACUGCAAAGUGGGUUAGCUGUAACUAACCUGCAAACAGAUCAGAAAAAAGUACAGAAUCCACAUAAGACGAAGGAGACGGCCAUUACAGCAUUCAAUACGACUCCAGUAAAGAAGCCUGCAGAAUCACAGAGAAAGCUAACAUAUGUGCAUCAUUCUAACUUUACCCAAGGGACUGCAUCAUGUAAGACACCUAGACAAAGGGCCAUUGAAACAAAGAAGAAUUUCCUUAAUCAGACAAAUUUAAGAAGUAAACCUCUCUUUGCGGCUUCAGUUUUUAGCACUAGAGGCAUGCCCAAAAUGGACCCUAAUGACACACCAGAGCAAAUAGUAGCCAAGCGGAGAGAGUACUGGCGGAAUAAGAAGCGUGAACAGCGAGCUAAGCUGUCGCUGGAGAAGAAGAUUCGACUGAAGGAGAAGGACUCUUUGACACGGCGAGUAAAGCGUUACCAGCAAAUCCUUGAAGAGAUGAGGAAGGCGAGAGCUGUGACGCUUUCCACGGAAAGGGCCCCUACCCUAGCAAACGAGGCCAUUGGAGGGUUCAUCAAAGAGGAUGGGACUCUCACAGUAAACAUACCUCACAGUAAGAAAUAUCAAACCACGGCUGGAGACAGAAGUAAUGAGAAGCUCAAUGUCAUUUCUGAGAACACCGUGAUGCAACCACAGUCACAAGCUAAUAUGAAGUGGAGAAGUGUUGCACCUCCAACUAGCUCAUCUCAGGGUAAAGGUGGUUUUUGUCUUGCUGUGCAGACGGUCAACAAAACGUCUGACUUACUUACUGUCAAAACACAGCCUGACCUUGACGUAACAGCCGGUUCUAGUUUAAAGUCGAGCAAAAAUGUACAGCAGCUCACGCUAAGUCAACUCCGGUCCCCUCAAAAUGCAGUGGCAGCCACAGCUUCACACUUUGGUGGCUGUGUCAUGAAAAUUAACAUCUCAAGCCAUGAACCGCCGCCCCUCUCAGCACAGUCUGUGGGUCCAAAGCUGACAGAAGAAGAGAGGAUGGCGAAGAAGCGAGAGUACUGGAGAACAAAGAAGCGUGAGCAGCGAGCAGCUCGUGCUUUUCGACUGAAGCACAGUAUCUUCCAAGCAAGAACGGGUUCAGCCUUACUGAGGAGGAAGGCUCAGACACAAGAAUCAUCAAACACUGCGCAACUAAGCACCGAUCUUAUUAAGUGUACAGACAAAGCACAACCCUUUUCCUACACUGCUGUGCCUGCCCUGCCAAAUGCAAAUGAGAUAAAACAGGAAGCUGAGUCUGUGCCCGCAGCUGACCUAAAUUCUCCAGCAGAUCGAGCCAUCUGUCCAGACAUCAAACCCCCAACCUCUCCACCUGCACCUCCAGCGCCACAUCCAGAGCCUCAGCCAUCUCUACACGCCGACAGCCAAGCCGCCACUCUGCUGGCUGUAGCCUCCAUGAAGAAACUCCUGGAGGAAUCCCUCAGCACCGUUUCUGAGAAUCAACGGGAGCAGGCUGGCGUGGCAAUAGAGAACACCGAACAGAAUUUAGAGCAAGACAUAAAGCCCGUUUUAUCACAGCUUUAUUGUGCAAAGAAUGAGAAAGCUGUAGUAGCUGCUUGCUUGACAUCCCAAAGUAAAAACUCGCAGUCAGAUGGUGAUGUGCUGGAAGGGAAAGAUUUACCAAAUCCCCAGCUCAAGGAUUUCUUACAAACUAGUGAAGCAGUUCCAUCUGUUUCAGCCUCAGAUCAGGUGGUGCAUCCCACCUGCGAUCAGUCAUCCCAGACCCCUUCAGCGCCAUUCAUCAGCACAGCCUCCUCAUGUAGAACCCAGAGACCUUUCAGUAGAAAUGGGACCCCCCAAAGCAUCUGUUCUGAGCCACCAAAGCUCCAUCACAUCUCAACUACAUCCUUGGAUCCACCACAGCUCCAUAACCUCGAUGAGCAGAGUCAGGGCCACAACAGUGAUGCGCCAUCGUCAGAAAGGUACCGCAGCAGCAUGACCAGGCAAAGCAGCACGAGCAGCCUUCAGAAGAAGAGGGAGUACUGGAAGCUGAUGAAGAGACAGCAGAGGGCCAGGUUAAAGGCCAGGCAGAAGGAGCUACUUUCAAAGAAUACCCAGACUGCAGCACUUAAUAUCAAUGCUGCUAAAUGUAUGAAGCCAAGAAAGCCAGCCGUCCAGCCCGGCUCGUCUGUCACAUCCGUGGCUGCAGUUAGCAGCAUCCCUGAAGUCUUGGUUGUUACAACAUGUAAAGCUGAACAGUCACCUGACGCUCUCCAAGUCAAACUCCCCAGCAUUAGCAGAGAGGGAAAUGGGAACGAUGGGCCUUCACCACAUCUAACCGAGUUUGAUGCUGAAUCUUCACAACACUGUCAAAAGUGGACACCCAGAACCACAGAAACCGACUCAGCCUCUUCCCUUCCUAUGCUGAAGCCCCCUGAUAACCCACUGUCAAGCAUCCACCUGCUACCCGUUGAAUUUCCUAAUAAACAUCAAAAUCCCAUCCUCAGUCCUAUAAAAAUCCCCUGUGCUCAGCUUCAAAGUCCCUUAAAUACGGCUCAAUCUUCUGCCCAGGCGGCUUCAUUAGCUACCAUGACGCCUCCAAAACCCAUCCCAGGGGAGUCCGAGGAGGACUUUCUGAAGAGGAAGCGAGAGUACUGGAGGUUGAAAAAGAAGGAGCAAAGAGCAAGGAAGGCAUUUCAGGACAAGGGGCUCACCCCAACGAGAGCCUCCAACAACAAUAGGAGCGCCCUGCCUGCCCAGGAUCUACAGACACUGACCAGAGCUAUGCAGGAUUCUAGUCAGUGGGUAAACUCCUCUGAAGCAUCUGAAAAUCUAAUCAGCAUCCCAGUGGAUCUUGACCCGGCGCCCUUUAUGUACACAGACUGCCCAGCUCAGGAAGAAGGUCAGGCAGAUUUUUUGUUUGCUGACUAUGAUGAUGAUGAUGAUGAUGAUGAGGAUACGAUGUCAGAGGUGGUCUGGAGAAACCGCUAUCUCAUGGACUAUGAUCCCCUCAACCAGCUGCUGGUGUGCAUGGUCUGUGGGGAGCUGCAGUACUCUCACAGCCUGGAGGGAGUGAGGGCCCACAUCGAUGAGGCGCACCCUCUCACCCUGAGGCUGGAACCCAGCCAGAAAGUGAAAAUCCUGGAGGCCUGGGACGAGCAGGUGUCCCAGCGGGAGCGCUUUUUCAGCAGCCAGCUGCAGCAGCAUUGUGGGCCUUCAGAAGGAACAUUCAGAAACUGAUCUGGAAAGGAGAUGGCGGCAGAGUUGUCUGGAAACCAAGUGUAGAAGAGAAAAACAUCUGUUUAAAUGUCUACUUUCAGUUCUCCAUUAAAUUUUGGUUUGUUUUAUUUGCUGAAAGCCCUUUUAAAAUAAAAGGCUUUGAGAGAAUUAAGCCCCAAAUAGUAACCCCCUCCUUUCCUAACAGGGUUUGGGAAAUGCGGUACGAACCUUUUUAGAUUAAAGCUGACCCAGAUUAUUUGUUGGAUUUAUUUUUUAUAUUUUGGAAUAAAAGACCAACAAACUUUCUGGGCUUGAUGUGUUCAUACACAGUUAGAACAUGUUGAAUAAUUCAGUUAUGGACACAUCCAUACUGCACAGGAAGGCAAGGCAAGUUUAUUUGUAUAGCACAUUUCAGUAUGAAGACGAUUCAAAGUGCUGAACAUGAACAGAACGUAAGAAAAGAAAACAUACAGAGGAAAGCACAUUGCAGUGGCAUGUUAGCGGCAGGUAAGGAAGAAAAAGGUGGACAACAAGCUUAAUAUAAUGACAUUUCAGUUAAGGAAACACAUUCCAGUCUUUAUUUGUGUGGAUUAAUUGGACCAAGUUUUCUCGUUUCUGGUUUUUGUUCAUGACUGUCUCAAAUUGUGUGGUUGCUUUUAAAGGCAUCUCUACCAUGCUGCUCUUUCAAGCCCAUAUGCUGUAUAUGCUCCUGUUUUAAUAUUUGAGGCAGCUGUUUCUUCUAACUUCACAUUUGGAAAUGUUUCUGCGGUACCUUCAGGGUUUUUUCUGUCUUGCAUAGAAACAAAUACAAAGGUAGCUGUGAAAGGCCAAAUGUUUUUUUUUUUUCCAUGCUGUUUUAUUGCUAAUAUAUUUUUGAUCAACAUUAUUUAUUAUUUCUUGUAUCUCCUUAAACAUAAUUGUUUAUUGAAGGGUUAGGGUUAUUCAUGUUAGAAGUAGUACAGUCUCUCAUUUGUAAGUAUUGAACAUCUAAAGAUUUUUCUGCAUGAGUAGUAAAUGGAUGAACGGAGGCCUCGCAGCUAAAUAUUGGAAUGCAUUCCCGUUUUUUCCCCCUUUUUAUAAAGCUUAACAAGCUGAAAGAAGUUUCAGUUCAAGCACAAAGCUGUAAGGGAAGAAAACUGAAAGCACAGCUGUAACAGUGUGAUGAGCUUGAAUUGACCUUGUUUAUUCACAUUUGAAUGUAAUUCUGACUUAAUGAUAUGUUUACCUGUUUGAAAAAAAAUUGUUAAAUGCCUUUUCCAGUAAUAAACAAUUUUUACAUUUGGUUA